AUGAAACGAGAUCCUGUCCUCGGCCCACGCGUCACCCCAGACAAGCGCUACGAUGAACAAGACUACGACAGUGAUAAAACGCCUGAAAUCAAAGAAAGUCAAGCAAUAGAACAUCAAAAAAUCACAAAAAUCAAGCAAAAUGCAGUCAAGUCGAAACGAGAUCCUGUCCUAGGCCCACGCAUCACUCCAAAGACAAGACCACCGCAGCAACAUCACAGCAAAAAUCAAGCAACGCCCCAGCAACAAAACGUCAAAAAUCAAGCCAAAUCAAGUCAAGUCAAAGCAAGGUUCCGUCCUAGUCCGACGCAUCACUUCAGACAAGCGCCACGAUAA